UGCUCGUGUGCGUCGACAAAACGAUUAUUUUUCAGCAAUGGAAGCAACUAAUUCAAUUUCUAAAGGCGUAUUCGUGUUCAAGAAUGGAGCAACUCAUGCCAAAGGAGUUAGAAAAGCAAAACCGGCCGAAAGUUUUCUUUCCUCUUCUGUGAGGCGGCAGCCAUGGUAUCGGAACUAUCGGAACCAUUGGGACAAAAUACAAACAAUGAUUGACGAGAUUCAGAGUAGCAGCUACGGAAAAAUCCUAGAUGAUUUGCUGGCAUUUAUCGAGAAUUCGUACAAUUCGCAAGGCUAUGAUGGUGUCUUGCCUACUGCAGCGUUAUUAACGGGGAUCAAUCAGAUUGACCAUAUGUCCCAGUUCGAGAAACUUGCCAGCCGCAUUCGAAGCAACACAUUUUCUUACGUAGUGCUUCUGCAGUCCCGCGAUGGAUCCAAUCUUAAACAAGCCAUCGAAACCAUUGUCGAGGGGUUUGUGGAGGAACAGACCGAAGAAUAUGCAGAGGAGAAACUGUUACGAAAAAACCAACUUAAUCUGGUGGUUCUUAAGGCAUGGUAUUUAGAAAAACAUAACCAAAUGGAACGAAAGCCAAACCUUACGGUAAUACUGUCGGAUUUUGAGCUAUUCAACCCGUCGGUGUUGCAAGAUAUCAUAAUAAUUUUAAACUCAUAUGCUACAUCACUGCCAUUCGUACUGAUUUUUGGCGUAGCAACAUCUAUAACAACAGUCCAUAAUGUUCUACCAUACCAUGUGACGAGCAAAAUCAAGCUAAGCAUUUUUCAAUCAGAACCGUCGAUUACUAAUCUUAACACUAUCAUCGAUAAUGUACUUCUGAGGCCCUACUGCCCUUUCCAUCUUUCGGGACGCGUAUUCAAAUUGUUGCUUGACAUUUUCCUAUUUUACGAUUUUUCGGUAAACCGGUUCGUUCAAACAUUAAAGUAUUCCUUCUUCGAACAUUACUUUGCCAAAUCCAUCAACGGGCUGAGCACAAUCGUUGGCGAUGAGGAUGAAGUGCAUGAGAUGGUCAAUCAGCUAUCAACGGCUGAAUUGGAUAAUAUUCGGCAGUUACCUUCUUUCAGACCUUUCGUAGAAUCGCUGCAGCACCCACAGGAAGUUGUCGAUUUCCUCACCAACGAUGAGCAUUUAAAGCGAUCGCUGCCAGGAAUGUUGAUACAAGUACACAACUAUUGGUUCACGUUUCACUGUGCGUUGGAAAUACUGCAAGCAUUGGUAUCCGAUCUUCCCAAGGCACCAUUGGGGAAACAACUUCGUGAACUCUACUGUCUCUGUGUCUACGGAGAUGUCACAGAGCUGCCCGAAUUCAAGGAAUGCAUUCAGUUGCUGCUCUUUCUUUCGAAGGAGGAAAUGUUGCAGAAGGUGAAAAAGGUGCUCGAAAUUGUGCUGACCUACGUCAGCAACAACGAUCGGCUAAGUAUGGAAGGAUGUUUGGUGUACGACGUGGGACCAGUCGAGCAACUGGCGAACGGAUUGGUCGUUCUGUCGGAUGAACUUGAUGCCGCUAGACACGAGUAUAUUUUGGGUAACCGGCAACAGGAUCAGCAACAGCAGCAACUCCUUUCGCCUAGCAUGGGUCGACAAGAGCUACGUGAAAAGUUGCUAACGGCCGCCCGUCACGCCAAGAGUGAGUCCGAAGUUACUCGUGCCGUUGGCCGACUGGUUGAUUAUUUCGUGCGAGAUAUCUUCCAACGAUACCUCCGCCCACCAAACAGCCGUACGGUUCCGCUGAUCGAAUUGUUCCUGUUCAGUGAUAGUACUACCGUACGACAUCAUAUGGUAGGUACACCUAGGGCCGCCAUACAUACCGCUCUGAACAAUCCUCAGUACUACACGCAAUGCGAAUGCUGUGUGCUAGACAAUGAAUACAGCAUUGUUCCAACGAUGCCGGACCUCUCUAUUGCGUACAAACUGCACCUGGAAUGUGGGCGUAUGAUUAAUCUGUUCGAUUGGAUGCAAGCAUUUCGUACUGUUGUUGAAGAUAAUCAAGCGGACGAAGGAGAGCGCAGUAUUGAUCCAAAAAUUCAGGCUCGAUUCACACGGGCUGUUACGGAGCUACAAUUCCUCGGAUUUAUCAAAACUUCCAAAAGAAAGACCGAUCAUGUUACAAGACUGACUUGGUAAUUUGGAUGAUAAACUGUAUCGCGAUAUAUGCAUAAUUUAAUUUAUACUAAUUGCACUCUCGUGGACGGGGAAAACGGUAAAAUUGAUCAACAAAUUCAUUACGAUUGUAAUUUCCUUUUGGGAUAUAGUUGAAAAGAACAGAUAAUACUUUUUUUUUACAAUUUCCUCGGAUCGAUUCCCACGCCACACAUUCGUUUUUAAAAGCAUCCUAAAUGAAUAAUAAUCCUGUAAGAGUGAACUGAAUAAUGUUAUUCCGGAGAGUACGUAUACUUAAGAUUAAAACAAUCUCACUUAUAUUAGUUUUCUUUUAACAUUAAUACACAAAAUUUAGUUUUC